AUCACAGGCUUCGCCUGGCGCAUUGAUACCAGCGAAUAGAACGCCGUAUGUUUUUGAAUCCAUAGAUGCCUUGUAUUGCAGUGUUUAGCACGGGAGCAAUGAUCUGAAGCUCUAGCAUUUGACGACUGAACCAACGAACGAACGGAUGGAUGGAGCUGCUGCUGGUGCGAAACCUUGUUUGACAUCCACUACUCUGUGCCGACCACGUUGCUGAGCACUUCAGGUGGAUUUACUGAGAACAGAAACUGCAUAGAUGGCAAACAUGGCGUCAGCCUCAUCCAGCAGUGAAAGUGAGUCACAGAGUGUGCUUACCUGGGAGCAAGUGAGCCGCUUGAACGACGUGCUGACGGAGGCCGUGCCAGUUCAUGGACGAGGCAACUUUCCCACCCUGGAGGUUCGUCUGAAGGAUAUCGUACAGAUGGUUCGGAACCGUCUGGAGCUGAGGGGCAUUCUGGUCAAAGAUGUCCGCCUGAACGGCUCCACCGCCAGCCACGUGCUGGAAAAGGACAUCGGCUGGAGCUACAAAGACCUGGACGUCAUCUUCAGGGUAGACCUUCCUCGGGAAAAGGAGUUCCAGGUCAUCAAAGAUGUGGUUUUGAGCACUUUGUUGGACUUUCUGCCAGAGGGGGUGAACAAAGAGAAGAUCACUCCCAUGACCCUAAAAGAGGCCUACGUCCAGAAGCUGGUCAAAGUCUACACCGAGCAGGACCGCUGGUCCCUCAUCUCGCUGUCAAACAACAAUGGCCGCAAUGUGGAACUUAAGUUUGUGGACUCGAUCCGGAGACAGUUUGAGUUUAGCGUGGACUCCUUCCAGAUCAUUUUGGACUCCGUGCUGUCGUACUAUGACUUCUCAGAAAACCCCAUGUCUCAGCACUUCCACCCUACUGUGGUCGGGGAGAGCGUGUACGGCGACUUUGCCAUGGCUCUGGACCACCUCAGGAACAAGCUCAUCGCCACCAAGCGGCCGGAGGAGAUCCGCGGAGGCGGUUUGCUCAAAUACUGCAACCUCCUGGUGAGGGACUUUACGCCCACAGAUGAAGAUGAAUUUAAGGCCCUGGAGCGCUACAUGUGCUCCCGUUUCUUCAUUGACUUUCCCGACAUUGGUGAGCAACAGCGCAAACUGGAGGCUUAUCUGCAAAGCCACUUUGUCGGUGAGGAGAAGAACAAGUACAACUACCUCAUGAUCCUGCGACGGGUCGUGAACGAGAGCACCGUGUGUCUCAUGGGACACGAGAGGCGGCAGACGCUUAACCUCAUCUCACUGAUGGCGUUUCGUGUUCUCGCCGAGCAGAACGCCAUACCUGAUGCGUCCAGCGUCACCUGUUACUACCAGCCGGCUCCGUAUGUCAGAGACCUGAACUUCAACAACUACUAUGUGGCCUCUUGUAACCAGUCCAUUCCUACUUGGUUGCCUUGUAACUAAGACUCAAAGAUGCUUGUUCAACAACAAAAUCCAUGAGCAGGCCAGAAAGCCGGAUAUUUGGCCGUAAGGGAUGUUUCCCUCUGUAGGCAUAAAGGAUGUUUAAAAUGACAAGCGUUUCCUUUCUUUUCUUUUUUUUUCUUUUAAUUCCUUCUCUGCAGAGGUGCCAAUACAUUUCUAAUUCAAAGUGAUCUAUUUUAGAGUUUUGAAUUAUCUUUUUUUCUUUCUUUCUUUUACUUUAAUAUUCUUACAUUUCGAUUUGUUUGCUCUCAUCUCUGUCCCUGACCUGAGAGAUUAAUUUGUUUCCAUAUUGAAGAGGAACGAUUCCCAUAGUGCCUUAAUGUACUCUAACCUUAAAAAUGAAGGAAAAUGCAUAUUGGGACAAAUUUAAUAUUUUUCCUGUGUGUUACAAAAUAAAAAGGCCAAAAAAAUAAAAUAAAAUAAUGUUCUUAGAAAUUUGAAGGAGAGAAAAAAAAAGACAAAAUUAAAAGAAAAAGAUAUGAAAAAUGUGAGCACAGGUGAAAUAAUAGGUAUUUUAGGACUGAAGUUAUCAGUUUUUUUUUUUUUUUUGGUACACUGGUGGGCAGCUAAAUUCUUUUUGUUCUCAAAUAGAAAUGUGAACCGAAUCCUGUUCAAGUAUUCAUAGCAACGAGCUUCAGAUUGCUGUGUAAAUGAAUACUGAAGACUUUUCUGUUUGAGAAUUUGUCAUUUAUAAACCGGUUCGGUCUUGCUAGUUACAUGAAGGUGAGAUCGAAAUUUGAAUUUGGUUGCAGCAUUUUUGCAAAAAGAUGCUUUGUCCUUUUCCCAGUGACCCAGAGCAGUUAAACAGUCCAUUUUGAUGAAGAUCCUCAGCUGUAGUCGUUAAACUUUCCUUCAUCUCUUAUUAACAUUGCGUAUGUGUUUAAAUGGGACAGAGAGGUAAUGCUUGUCCAUACAAGGUUCAGCUGUUGGACGAUCUGUCCUCCCUGAGCUUUUUGCGGCCAUUAGCAGGCUUAGCACUGCCGUGUGUAACAAGACCUCCAGCUAACAGCCUAGCCAAGCCAAAUGGUGUCACAGCGCUCUAAAAUUAUCCCUUCCUGCACCUCUCGGGAUGUGCCUUGAAUGGACCGCAUGUGGGUGGAAUUUCUAGUGGGGCAACUGUCUUUCCUGUGCUUCUCGCUAGAGUCACUGUAGAUGAGGGGUGAAUGCUGGUAUGUCACGCAGUCUUUUCUGGUAAUUGAGGUCUGGGAAGGGUUACCGUAGCUGAAGGAUAUACCCAAGCUCGUUUAAAUGGAUGUAAAAGCGUGUGAAUUCCUUUCCAGUUUUGGAUCUAAUCGAUGUUGCUGCUCUUGAUCUUUAUUGAGCUUCGACGUCUCCUGUCUUGGUCCUUUGUCAGUGAAUUUGCUUCACAUUGCAGUCGUCAGUUGGGUCAAGCUAGUUCUGUGCUUUUUGUACGUUAGACAGUAUUAAAUUAUGUAAAUGUCUAUUCUUGUCCGUCUUCUCCUGGCCCCCCGUCAUGUCCACGUGUAGUUCCUCUUUCGACAUUGGUCCAUUCAGAGAAGGGUAGUACUCUGCUAGCUGCUCUUACGUAAUGUCCGACAGCUGCCCCCUGCCCCUCAGGUUUCCUCUUGGCCUCACUCGCGCGCCACAGCUCCUGCUGCUUCAGCUUGUACAAGCACAUGCAGCAGAUAACCAUGAGCCACGUUCCUUUCUCUUAUCUGUGCUCACAGACUUUUAGGGUAAAGAGAGAAGGGUCACAUGGCCUCGCAUUCAGUGGGUAACACCCCAAAGUGCUUUUGAGCUGAAAUAGAUUUUUACUCGUACACACUUUUUUUUUUUCCUCAGUAUUUUUGGGACAUGCAGACUGUGGAUCAAUGUUCGAACCAGCAGCACAGCACACAUGUGCCUUUUUGUGAUGACCCAUUUGGAUUUUGAAGACCUUGUAGCUCAUGCUCUCUGGUUUCAGAAUAAUUUGGUGCCAUAACAUUUUUUGCCAGUCCUUUUAAAUAAGGGUGAAGGAGGAUGAAUGACUCACUUUUUUUUUUUUUUUUUUUUUUGUCUCAUGUCACACAUUUCUUUUUCUAAUUGCAGUUGUGUAGUCAUUCGAGUUGUACUGAGUCAUUGUCCCGUCUUUUCAACAUCACCCUCCUAACCAAAGCAAGUACUGUGCACUACACAGCAUUUUCAAAACCUGAAAAAGGCCAAAUUAAGAACCCAAAUCAAAGAAUGCACUUUACAGGCCUUGUACUCCAAAGCUAUUCAUCAUCUUAAGCUACAAGGUGCCCCCCCCCUUUUAUUAAUCUAAUAUGGGGGAGUCUCAGGGACAUGAUAAAGGGCUACAGUGUGUCUUGAGGAUAACAACUCUUGUUCAGCCAACUUCCUGAAAAGUGAAACAAUUUGAAAAGCAUUGUAUUAGGAAGUUAAAAUGUUCACUCAUCAGGAACAAGUACUCUUGUUUCCAAACUGGUUUUCUCUUUCUUUCUUUUUGUGUGUGUGUGUGUAAAAUCUAGUUUGUAUGCUCUGUAGUGGUUGGCUAACAGAAUCUCACCUUAAUCUUAAUUUGUGAAACGAAAAGAAACAUGCGUUUUGUUUUGUGUGCUUUUUAUCUUGUCCAGAUGUGCUUCACAUAGAUAAGGUCUGGUGUGAUGAGGCUUGGCUCAUUUCCUUUUUGAAGUCUGUGUAAAGUGUGUUUCUUGGAAAGGGAGUGUUAAAAUGGGAAAACAUGCUUUUGUGUAUUUGAAUUCAUAUUCUGUUCUUUUUAUUUUCUUUGUCCCCCUGUCAGCUGUAAUUCCAUAUUCCCCAGUGUUACCCUUUAUUCAACAGACAAAGGUGUUGGAGCUUUUGUAACUCCGCUCUGAAUGCAUCUGUAACCGUGUGUGCCGGGGCGGUCCAUUGGAUUUGGACGUGCUUUGUCUAAAGUACAAGUCUUAAUGAUGAUCGAGGCCUUUUUGAAGCCCUUUUGCAAUGUUGCAAGAAGAGUUGUGGAUUUCAGCAGAAUUUGUUUACGUUUUCUGUGAUUUAUUUGUCUUGUUUGUCCGUUAGGAUGCUAAUGAUUGUGAGUUUAAAAAAAAAAAAGUGAAAAAUGGAAGUCGCACUAUUAUUUUGAAGUCAUUAUGUCUGCUCUCUGAUGUCGGCAUGGUGAUUUGAUGUAAAUUUAUUGUGCCAUUUUGUUUCUCAGCACUUUUACCUCACUAUAAUUUUCCUUUGGAUGGAAUUGAGAAUAAGGAAAAUGUGUAUCAAGGGGAAAAAUAAAGUAUUGAAAGCCCA